GACCUAUAAAAGCUGAUGAAGAAUUACCUAAAACAAUCAUUUAAUCAGAGCUUUAACAAUCUGUUAACAAAAUGUAUGCACUACUGCUCUUUGUGCUUGUUGCAAAUUAUUUCAACUUUUCCAUUACGAAAGCAGCUGUUCCCGAAGUUUGUAUCGAUCAAUUGGGUUGCAUCGAAGGUGUUCAUGCAACAGACAGUGGGGGUCAACAAUAUGAAGCCUUCUAUGGCAUACCGUUUGCUAAACCACCAAUCGGUGAAUUGCGAUUUAAGAAUCCCUUACCAGUUGAUCCAUGGAAAGGCAAACUUAUGGCCAAAGAACCGAGAACUGAAUGCAUUCAAUAUAACCAAAUUCCAAGCAUACCUACGAUUAGUGGUAAAGAGGACUGUCUAUACUUGAAUUUGUAUCGCCCCAAAGAAAGGUCCACUGAGAAACUACCCGUUUUGUUUUACAUACACGGUGGAGGCUUGUUUUCGGGCACUUCAAGUCCCGCAGUAAAUGGUCCUGAAUAUUUUAUGGAAACUAAUGAGGUUAUAUUGGUAUUACCCGCGUAUCGCUUGGGUCAAUUUGGUUUCCUUAGUACCGGUGAUGAGCAUAUGACUGGUAAUUUUGGACUUAAGGACCAGAACAUGGCCCUUAAAUGGGUUCAAAAAUAUAUUUAUGCCUUCAAUGGUGAUCCUUCGCGUGUUACUAUUUUUGGCCAUAGUGCUGGUAGUAUUUCUACGCAUUUACACAUGUUAAGUCCAGCUUCAAGAGGUUUGUUUCGCAAUGCUGUAUUAAUGAGCGGCCAAGCAAAUUCUCCUUUCAUCCGAAAAAUCGACCAAAAAUCUCAGGUCAUUCAAUUAGCUAAGGGUGUUGGAAUUACAAAUGCUAACGAAAUGUCCUCAAGUGAACUAGCUGACGCUCUACGCAAUGUGCAAGCAACGGACCUGUUAAAGGCAGGUGCUGAUCUCAAAGUAUGGAGUGUGUACCCCUUUGCUACUUUUCGUACCACCAUUGAACAAGAGUCAUGGUCGGAACCUUUUCUAACCGAAGAUACGUUCAAAUUAAUCGGAAGUCCAAAAAUGCCGAAAACUGUGCCAUGGAUUGGUGGUUAUACCUCGUCAAUUGGUGAAGGCACAGUCAUGGCGCUAAGGUUAUCUACGGAUCCGGAUUUACAAGCUGACUUCAAUAAGAAUUUUUAUUAUUUAUUCAAAUUGGUGAUUGAACUGAACGGCACAGAAUAUCCGGAAAGAGUUGAUGAAGUAGUAGAGCGAUUAGUGGUGGAAUAUAUGGAUGGAGUUCGUGAGUUGAAUAAAGACACAAUUGAUGGCUUCUUAGAGCUUUUAGGUGAUUGCUUUUUUACUUAUCCAUUAUACAAAACUAUUGCCAGUAAUGUUAAUUCUGGCGGUCAAGCAAAUAGCCUUACGGGAAUAAUUAAAUUCGGUUAUCGCGGGCCAUAUACAUUUACUGAGAUUUUUACAGGAAGCUUGAGGAAUUUAGGUGCUGUACAUGUUGAUGAUUUCCUAUAUCUAUAUCGUAUGCCAUUCUUAGUUCCAAAUGGAUAUGAAAGAUCAACACCUGAGGCGGAGUUGGUUAAGAAAUACGUGGCACUCCAUGUUGAGUAUGCAAAAACUGGCAAUGUCGAAGCCUUUAAUAAAGUGAGCCCUUGUUCGAAAGAUAAAUUUGACCGACCCGACCGACCAGCCAUUUGCGAUUAUUUGUCGAUUGUCAAUGAUACGGAAUUAUUUCAGGUUGGAAAUAAGUGGGACGUGAAACGAAUGAAGCUGUGGGAGUACGUAGAUAAAACUCUCUUCGAUAUUUAAAGUAGAUAUGUUAAAACUGCACUUGUACAAAAACAAAUGAAAUAUAAUGUAAUUAAACAGUUAAUUUUACGGUAUAUAUUAAGCUUUUUACGAAUGCCAAAUUAUACCCAUGAAACCAAGGUAAUAUAAAUUAAAUAAAUCUAUCCAGUAUCUAGUAAGAUACCUUUUUCUAUAAAAA